UUCAAAUUUCUUGUUGAAUUCAGCAAUGACAUCAAUGGUGGCACCCAUCAACAUGCGGCUACAAUUUCGGGGAAAUUGGUGCAAUGCCAACAAGGGAGGGGAGUUUUUGAAGCCAAGCUUUAAUUCCUCAUGCAACACUAAUAAUACAUUGAACAAUAAACGAAGAUUUUCAUUGCUGGUGAUCACUGCAAGUUCUCAAUGUAGUCCUGGGGGAAUGAACACAAUCAAAGGAAUGAAACAUGUUCCAUUGGUUCAUCUCGCAGCAGGCAAGUUGGCAAAUGAAAUUAGCAGAGAACAUAUUGUUACCUUGUUUCGUGGAAGGUUUGUGGAGGACAGGUUUGUAUAUAGGCAGACUUUCUUUGUUAGGUGCUACGAAAUUGGACCAGAUAAAACUAUCACCAUGGAGACACUCAUGAAUUUUCUCCAGGAAACUGCUUUAAACCAUGUCUCCAGCUGUGGGGGAAGUCAGAACGGUUUUGGAGCUACUCAGGAAAUGGACCUUCGCAAUCUCAUUUGGGUUGUUACUCGUUUUCAAGUUCAAGUACAGAGAUAUAGCAAAUGGAGGGAUGAAAUUGAGGUUGAAACUUGGUUUGAUGUUGCCGGAAAGAAUGGAACGCGAAGAGAUUGGAUAGUCAGGGACCAUUACACCAAAGAGAUUAUAGCUAAAGCAACCAGCAUAUGGGCAAUCGUGAAUCAAGAAACAAGAAGAUUAUGCAAGAUACCUGAAGAAGUUAGACAAGAACUUGUUACUUUCUACUUUAAUAGGUUUGCCAUCGCCAGGGAAGAAAUAGAUCAUCAGAAGAUACAAAAGCUCACUGAUGACACUGCUGAGAGUUUUCGAUUUGGUGUGACUCCAGGGAGGAACGACAUGGAUGUUAACCAGCAUGUUAACAAUGUAAAAUACAUCACAUGGAUCUUAGAGAGCGUGCCAAGAGAAGUAUUAGAAGAUUACAAAAUGACAAGCAUUACUUUGGAGUUUCGGCGUGAAUGUACUCUAUCAGAUUUGUUGGAGUCAUUGAUAGGUCCAUCCUCCAGCGUGAUUGGUGCCUCUGAUAAUAACUCUAUCAACAGAAAACCCGGCCUGCAAUAUAUACACCUGCUUCGUCUACAAGACAAUAAAGCCGAGUUGGUCCGAGCCAGAACAGAUUGGCAUCUUAAGUAAAACCACGAGUGAACAAGGUUAUGAAUUGAAAUCUGCGGAUGCUUUGGAUGGGGCAGGUGAAAUCUGUUGUGGUUGUUUUGUGACAGUGCAUAUAUCUGUUUUUUUUAAAAAAAUAAAAUUAUUUUAUGAGGGUAUAGUGGCUGUUUUACGAUCAACUAUUUUAAUAUUUCAGGGAUAUAGUUGUUAAUGGACCAGUAAAAAUAGAAUGCUUAUGUGAUAUAGGACGCAUAUAGCAUUACGUGGUUAUAUAUUAUGCAAACAGGAUGUUAUGUAAAGAGCCUUGUUUUUGGGCACCCCUUGUCCUCAAACUGCUCAAAGUAAGCAUUUCGCUCUUGCAUUU